ACGGCACGAUCGAGGGAGUGCCAUCACGUCGAUGGGGAGGAACCGGAUGACUGGGCGAGGGUUUGUGCAUCUUACUGGGUGAGCAACAUCGGUUUGUGAGUCGAUUCUUGGAGAAGCGGUGACACGUAACGCCAGAAUAGGCAAACGCCCACUUCUUGGCGCGAGUUCAGGUAAACUGCAAAACGCGUCUCCUCGACUCCCAUCCCUUUGCCAUCCUUCAACUAUUCUCAUCUCCCCGCGUUUCCCCCUCCUGCCUCGCGUCUUCCCGUUCAGCCAUCAUUCAAACCAUCAUGGAGGAACCCGCCCCCCCUCCGAUUGUUUACAAGGCCACUUAUAGUGGUACUCCAGUGUGAGUUCCCCCAUCUCCCAAUCCAUCUUGCAGCCAAUUUACCCCCCUCAGGAGCCUCUCUUGCCGCUGUGAACCAAAAUCGGCUGGGGGUGUCUUCCAGCUCCAAUGGAUCGAUUUAUUCAUAAUUAUCGUUCCCUUUUCGAUCGGAGCCACCUUUUCCUAUUUGUCCGAUUUGGCUUCGGUUUUCCGUGAUUUUUUUUCUUGAAACUAAUCCCUGGAUUCGCUGGCAGAUAUGAAUAGUAUGUUCACACACAACCCCUUGCCCCAGAUUAACCUAGGCACUGAUGCGGAGUGAAGUAUUGCAAGGAAUAUUGCAUGUAUGCGAAGACGAUCGGACUCGUGGGUUAACGCUACACAGGUCUUGAAGGUUUGUGGUAGCAUUGGUCUUGAUAGGGUCGACAGGAAUUGACCUCAGGGUUUACUCAUAGGUAGCUGAGUUCGACAAACCGCAGAGAACUCGAAUUCUCGAGCGAGAGGUCCAGAGAGGGCUUCAUGAGAAGGUCCAGGGUGGUUAUGGGAAAUACCAAGGUGGGAACGAGUGCGGGUUGUGGACUUCGAGUCGCAUAACACCUGUCUCUUUGAUUUGUUAGGUUCUUGCUGACCUGGUGUUUGCUAGGUACUUGGGUACCGCUUGAGCGAGCGAGGGAAAUCGCUGCGCUUUACAACGUUGAAGAGUUGCUUAAACCGAUCUUUGAUUUCCGUCCUUCAACUGAGUCACCUCCACUUGCUCCCAAGCAUGUAACGGCUGCAUCUACAAAACCAAGGCCUUCACGAGCGCAGCCACGUGCAGCUCCACUGAUUAAACGGGUUGUUAGUAGGUUACGAAUUCUAUUUCCCUUUGCUCUUGUAAAGAUGGAAAGCUUAAUCACUUUUUUCAGAACCGACACCACCCGUACAAGCGCCGCCCUCGAUCGAUAGCUUAGACGAAGUUGGUGUUGAGGGUGAAGAUGAUGAUUUAAGCGAUUUAGAUCCUCUCAAUGACCCCAGUUCUCCAUCGGUACAAUCCUCAUCUGCAUCGGACGGGGCGCUCUCUGAACUUGAAAUUGACGAUCGACGCUCUCAGAAUUCGGUAUCGGCCACUUUGAAAAGGAAACGUGAGCAAAUGGAUAAUGAGGACAUAUUGGGGACGUUCAUGCUGCCAUCUUCGGAACAAAGAAAGGUUGCCUAUAGUGAUGAGCUGCUGGACUAUUUCAUGGCCAAUGAAAAGGGACUUCCGGAAUUCCUUGUCAACCCGCCCUCGGACUUUGAUGUGAACGAGGUCAUUGAUGAUGAAGGACAUACAGCGUUCCACUGGGCAGCAUCAAUGGGCGAUCUGAGGGUUAUCGAGUUGUUGUAUCAGGCCGAGGCAAACAUCUUCAUGGUCAACAAGCGUGGUGAAACUCCUCUCAUGCGGGCCGUGUUAUUUACCAACAAUUACGACAGAAAGUCGUUUCCGAGACUGGUCGAGAAACUCCGGGAUACGAUAUUUCAUGUUGACAACUACGAUUCGACAGUGUUUCACCAUAUUGCAGCAACAACAUCCUCGAGAAAUAAACUGUUGGCGGCAAGAUACUAUUUCGACGUACUUCUCCAAAAGCUAGGGGAGAAGAAGUCCAUGCCUGAUAUCGCUGUGGUUCUGGACCUUAGGGACUCUCUGGGUGAUACCGCCCUGACAAUUGCGGCGCGGAAUGGUGCAAAGAAGUGUGUGAGGAGUUUACUCGCUCAUAAUGCCAAUCCCAAUAUUCCGAACAAUGAGGGACAAACGGCAGAUCAAUAUAUCGUUGCGGUAGAAAGGCAAAGACGAAAUGGAGACUACCCACCAGCAUCGAGUUCUUCCCCAUUUCAAUCACACGAGCACCAUCCUCCCCAUAUCCACAAUAGCCGUUUCCACAGGCAUCCUUCGACGCAAUCAGUCGCGACAGUGGCAGCUGUCAAUUAUGCAAACAAUAGCUAUAUCCCCCAGCCACAUAUCUCAGAAGCAGCUAUCGCAGCAACCCAGAAAGUCAUACCCCUAAUGGCUGAAAUGUUGGAAGGGCUUGCGACUGCUUUUGAUAAAGAGCUGAAUGACAAGGAGGAGGAUCACAGCCAGGCUCAGCGGUUGUUGGACAGCUCCACUCAUGAAAUACAAACAUGUAAGGCUACGUCUGAAGAGACACUGGCGCCUUUCGGUGAUAUCGCAACUAUGGAGGCCCAGAUUGAAGCUCUCAGGGAAGAGGCAGAUGCGCUGGCGGAGCAGUUGAGAGAGGUUUUCGAAUGUGGGCAGUAUCACGACCUCUCCGGCCUCAUUCGAGAGGAGGUAGGGCAACUGCCUCCUCAAGAGAAGGAAGUCUUGAGUGAAGACAACCCCGAAGGCUGGCUAGAAAAGUUUGAGGCUGCUAAGGAACUUGGUCAACUUCAGCAAGAGAGGAUAGAGCUAAGGGAUACAAUUGUCAAAGCGUAUGCAAGGAGCGGUGCCGGUGAGAGGAUGAGUGACUAUAGGAGACUCAUCGCUUUGAGCUGUUCGCUGCUCCCUGAAGACGUUGAAAAGCUCCUUCCCGAGAUUCUGAAAGAUCUCGAAGCUGGCGGUGACGGGGGCAUUGGUGAUGGCUUAAUGAUAUGAGCGGGGAUUUUUUAAUUCAUUUAUUUGCCCUUAUAUUCGAUCUUUUCUUCGGGUUGAAGAUGCACCCUGGGCUACCUUAUGUUGGGCUCCUCUGCUUUCGCCCAUUUACGAAGGGAUUGCAGCACCCUCUUUCUCUUUUUCCUUUUCCUUCUUUUUCUUCCUCUUUUCGGAUUUGGCCAGAACAUUCCGGAUUGGGUGGGCCUCGGUGGGUUUAAUUGGCUGGUUUGUUGGACUUAGAUCUGGCGUUUUCUGAAAUGGUAGUUUGGUUUGAACUGGCUAAGGACAAUAACUUGUAUUCUGUUUUUUUUUUAUCUUAUCGAUUUCCGGUGAGCGUUUCGGGAUGUAUAUUUCUUGACCUUUGUAUAACUUGUAUUUCUUUCCUCACUACCCCACUAUCGCGACUGUUACGUCGUCGAUAUUGCUAUUAUCUGCGCCAUAUUUUCAUAUCAAUCGUCUUGUAAUGCAUACCACUAUGGUUUGUUUUCUUUCUCUCUUUCUUCCUUUCCGGCCAGCUGGGGGGGGGGGGGGGCGAGCGCUCGCACGUAUCAUCUUAUGUAUACAAACGACCUGGCCACAGAACGGAAUUCGUGGCAUGCGGUGGGAGGUUCACACCGAAUCUGGAGAUGGAGGAUUUCUUUGCUUGUACCUGCUCCCCCAGUUACUGUGUCUAUUAUCCACCUACUCUUGUCCCUCACGCGCUCAAGCGCCAAAACACCUCGAUAAGAACCCAACAAGAAAGGCCGAUUUGAUUUGUGACAUAUGUAUAAGAAACAAACGCCGCCAUGCAUGUAUGUAAGUUGAAACCCAAGAAUGAGCGAUGGCAAAAGCCCGUCCGCCUGUCCGCCCGGCCGUAGUGAGGACGAAAGAAAUGGAAGAAAUGAGGUUACUGAAUACGAUACGUUUGUCAAGAGUACUGUAGCAGGUACCAAAAAGGAAUGGGAAAUGGGAGGGGGGGGGAGGAAGAGGGUAAAAGAAAGAAGGAAGGCACAAGAUGGUGCUAUCAUACAUAAUUGAAACAAACCGGUAAGCAAGCAAACGGGUAGAGGAAGAUAUUCGGGGCGAUUUGGGGGAAGGGGUGGAAGGGCUAAUAAUAAUAAUAAUAAUAAUAAUAAUAAUAAAAGAAUAGACCCCCCAGGUACAAAUACAGUAAUUAAUUAACUCAAGUGGAUAACGUAUCUUUUCUUUCUUACUGUGGGUGAGACCUGAUUGGUUGAUUGUUACUGCUGCCUGCCCAUUGCCUGCGACAUCUUCAUCUCCAGCUCGCGCUGUAAGCUCGCGAUGACAAGUUCCACCCUGCCGCGUAGGAGGCUGUUGGUAAUUUUGGACAACUCCUUCUGUUUGGCACGGAUAGCGGCUUGGAGGUCGUGGAUUUCCCCCUUAACUUUCUCCCUCACUUGGGCAGCCUCGGUCGCGUCCUCGUCCAGAUCGCCCGCUUCCUCCUCUUCGUCGUCGUCAUCGUCGUCAUCGGUUUCCUCGUCAGCGGGGGUGGCGGCGGCGGUACCG